CCCCUCUCGUGUCAUCGCGUGUCCGUGAGUGUAUGUGUAUUGAACUCUCUCUCUCCCGUGAUGAAUCUGCUGGACCCCUACGGGACCCUGGCGGCGAUGGGUGAACAUGAACGCGAUGACAAAUGUUUGUCGCCCGAUUCCGAGGACUCCUCCGUUGCCGUUAGCUCCCCGAGCCCAUCCGCCUCCUCCUCGAGCUCCACAGCCGAGAACAGCAGCUCGGACACAGAGAACACGCGACCUCACGAGAACGAGAACAGUAGCUCACGAGUAGGACCGCUGGAGAUCUCGAGCUUCAAGACGGAGCGCGUGGACGAGGUGGGGGAGGAGGAUGGCGAGAGCAAGUUCCCGGUGUGCAGCAUCCGCGAGGCCGUCUCGCAGGUCCUGAAGGGCUACGACUGGACACUCGUGCCCAUGCCGGUGCGCGCCAACGGCUCCGGUAAGAACGGGAGACCGCACGUGAAGAGGCCGAUGAACGCCUUCAUGGUGUGGGCUCAGGCCGCGCGCAGGAAACUGGCAGACCAAUACCCGCACCUGCACAACGCGGAGCUCAGCAAGACACUCGGGAAACUCUGGAGGCUACUCAAUGACGUUGAGAAGCGUCCAUUCGUAGAGGAGGCGGAGCGUUUGCGGCUGCAGCAUAAGAGGGACCACCCGGACUACAAGUACCAGCCACGCCGACGCAAGAACGCCAAGAACGACACCGAGGACGCCUCCGCCACCGCCACCGCCGCCGACGACAACACACACACACUGACACACACACCAGCACACACACACACACACACACACGCUCUCCUCUCCCCUGCAGUCAUCUACAAAGCCCUUCACGCCGACUCUGCUGCAGCCGGCCUGGACGACACACACACACACUCCCCCGCCGGUCCGCAGCCACAGGCCCCCCCCACCCCUCCCACCACGCCCAAGGCGGAGCCUACGGAACCCAAGGCGGAGCCUAAGCGCAAAGGAAGCGGCAGCCGGCUCGUCUCAUUGGCCCAGAGCGCCGCCCGUCAUCCCCUGGAGGACGAGGAAGAGGAGGAGGAGGAGGAGGAGGAGGAAGUGGACCUUAGCCAGCUCAGCAGCGACGUGAUUGGUCAGCUCAGUAGUGAUGUCAUCUCCCACAUGGACACGUUCGACGUGCGGGAGUUUGACCAGUACCUGCCCCCCCACACCUACCCCCACCCGUACGCGGCCAACGCUCUCUCCACACACUACACAUCACCAGCAGCAGCAGUCGCAGCCCUGCAACACGCGCUCGGCCCCCUAGGAGGCGCUAGUGAGCCACAGCAGCAGCAGCCUCUAUCCACCAGCUCUAACUCUAGCUGUCUCGCUAGCGCCCUCUCCAGGCCUCCACACAUCAAGGUGGAGCAGCUUAGUCCAACACACAACAGCACUGAACAGCACAGCCCCAUAAACACACACACACACACUCACACUCACACUCACGCACUAAGCCCCGCACACACACACACUCACACUCACACACUCAGCCCUGGUCACUAUGGCGAUACGCCCCCUCCUGCCUCCGGCCAGGGCACGCCCCCUCCCCAAUACACCUCGUUAUCAGCCACCUCGUUAGUAUUCAGCCCCGCCCACUUCACAUCCCAGACUCCUCCCCCUCCCCCCUACUCCGCCUCCCAGCGGGCGUCAACCAACCCCUAUGACUUCCUGGUGCAGGGGGGCGGGACCUCCUACUACAGUAGCCUAUCACCUUCCUCCUCCUCGUCCCCGCGGAGCACCUCCGGCCUAUCAUACGCCUCCUUCAGCUUCCUUGACCCCGCCCAGCGGCCUGCCUACGCACCAAUCACAGGAGACGCGGCAGCAGGGGGCGUGGCAUCCUCUGGAGUGUCUUCAGCCAAUCAGCAGAGCAGCUGGGAGCAGCAGACGCCGACCUACACACAACUUACACACACACACACCUGA